GGUGGGAGGGGGGAUCGGGAUGGGGAAUACAUGUAAAUCCGUGGCUGAUUCAUGUCAAUGUAUGACAAAACCACUACAGUGUUGUAAAGUAAUUAGCCUCCAACUAAUAAAAAUAAAUGGAAAAAAAAAAAAAAGUAAAAAAAAAAAACAAAACAAAAAGAGUCACACACAAACCCCAAGUACUGGACUGAGGCAGAGAAGAAAGGAGCACUCAAGGGAAGCAAAGCCGCAUCUCCCGGUCUGUUCCUGGCUGCCUCUGCCUAAGUUCUCUGCACCUCUGUCAUAUGCAAGGACGGUCACAUGGAAAGUACAUGUUCGACUUCCAUGUACCACACAGAGAAAACAGAAACAUAGACGAAAACUGACUACAGCUAAAAACUAGUUUUACUAAUAUGUUCUAAAAACUGAAAAAAAAUAAAUAAAUAAAUAAAAAAUAAAAACUGCCAUUUGAUGCCUUAAUGAUUAUUUUAGUUCAUUGAACUUGAAACUUUUUCUAAUGGUUCAUUUACUUCCAAAAUUAAUACUACCUUGGAAUCUCUACCUGGAGAUUCUUAUUUUGGGUAGAGAGAAAAUUCCUUACUAUCUAGUCAGAAUCUAGAAUAUUCAAAAGGGUGGCAAUCCACCAGCCACAGAAGGAAAGCCUCCAUGAAAAUGGCCACAAAGUAACAAAAACAAAUAAAAUCUAAUUACAAAACUUUCAAUAGGCUAAUUAUAAAGCAUACAAUAGAACUACAGAUCUCUAAAAGCUUAAUCUUAUCCUAGCACUAAGUUUGGCUUCAAAACAUUUUCAGUCAGCUAAACACUACACUUCUAAAUGAUUUCUAUUUUAAAAAGGAACAGAUAUUUAACAUUCCAUUCCAUUAUUCAGUUAUAAGCUAUUAAUUAUGAAAAGUUAUUUACACAUAAUGUUUAGUCAAAUCAAUACAUACUUGAAGACUGGACUUGUGCAAGAAAAAUACAAAAGUGUCAAGACAUGAAUGGUAACCCCAGCCCUCAGAAAUUUUUUAAAAUGCCAAACAAAACUUUAACAGUCCUUGAAAGAACCAGUAAGAGAUAUCUCAAGGCAAUCCACAAUGAGCUAUCAAAUGAAUGACUGAGUAAAUGCUCCCUUAUGUGAAAACAGAAAGAGCUAUCAGACUGGGAAAGCCUGCCUGGUAGUUGAGGAAGCAUUCCAAAAAUAAUUACAAAACUAAGUCUCAGGAUAUAAGUAAUAUUAACUCUGAAACAGUUUAGGGUUUACUAAUACACUCUCGAUUUCAGAGCAUUACAGCCUGAGAUGGAUGGCAGUCACUGCAAAGUUAUUGCUCCUCUCCUGACUCAGAGACGCCGGAGGAUGGUUACCAAGGAUGGGCAUAGCACGCUUCAAAUGGAUGGCGCGCAAACAGGUCUUGCGUAUCUUCGAGACGCCUGGGGAACCCUAAUGGACAUGCGCUGGCGCUGGAUGAUGCUGGUCUUCGCCGCCUCUUUUGUCAUCCACUGGCUUGUCUUUGCAGUGCUCUGGUAUGUUCUAGCUGAGAUGAAUGGUGACCUGGGACUAGAUCAUGACGCCCCACCUGAAAACCACACUAUCUGUGUCAAGUACAUCACCAGUUUCGCAGCGGCAUUCUCCUUCUCCCUGGAGACACAGCUCACCAUUGGUUACGGCACCAUGUUCCCCAGCGGCGACUGUCCGAGUGCAAUUGCACUGCUUGCCAUACAAAUGCUCCUGGGCCUCAUGCUAGAGGCUUUUAUCACAGGUGCCUUUGUGGCGAAGAUUGCCCGGCCAAAAAAUCGAGCUUUCUCAAUUCGCUUUACUGACUUAGCAGUAGUAGCUCACAUAGAUGGCAAACCUAAUCUCAUUUUCCAAGUGGCCAACACUCGACCUAGCCCUCUAACCAAUGUUCGGGUCUCAGCUAUACUCUAUCAGGAACAAGAAAACGGCAAACUCUACCAGACCAGUGUGGACUUCCACCUUGACGGCAUCAGUUCUGAGGAGUGUCCAUUCUUUAUCUUUCCACUCACCUACUACCACUCUAUUACACCAUCAAGUCCUCUGGCUACUCUGCUCCAGCAUGAAAAUCCUCCCCACUUUGAACUAGUCGUGUUCCUUUCAGCAACGCAGGAAGGCACUGGAGAAACGUGCCAGAGGAGGACAUCCUACCUGCCCUCCGAGAUCAUGUUACGUCACUGUUUUGCAUCUCUGUUGACCCGAGGCUCCAAAGGGGAGUAUCAAAUCAAGAUGGAGAAUUUUGACAAGACCAUUCCUGAAUUUCAAACUCCUCUGGUCUCCAAGAGCCCAAACAGGACUGACCUGGACAUCCACAUCAAUGGACAAAGCAUUGACAGUUUUCAGAUCUCUGAAACAGGACUGAUAGAGUAAGAAGUAUCUAUUUUAGCACCCUAUUUUCUAAUGUAUUAAAUACACUCAGCCACUUAUGCAGCUAUUUUUCCUUCAUCGUAUCUCAUGUUUUCUUUUUCCAAUGCUGAUUACAUCUUACUGAUUACAUCAUGGUGAUCAAGCCUCCACCCAUUAAAAAAAAAUGGCUGAGCUAACAAUACAUGUUGUGGAAAUAUAACAUUAUACAAAGUUUCUCUCUGUGGUUAUCUGCUGAAAUCAAUGCACAUGAAGGUAACAGAUUAUAUGUAACAACAGAAAUGCUGUUGGUGAGUUUGUAUGAAUGUGCUAUGAUACCAGUACAUGGCCACACUUUACACAGCUGAAUUCUAGGUAAAUCAA